AUGACCGAUCACAACAUGCCCUCUAGGCGGACACAUUCCAAGUCACGUCAUGGCUGCAGUCAAUGCAAGGCACGCAAAGUAAAGUGUGGGGAGGAAAGGCCCUCUUGCAGCCGGUGCAGAAAGCGUCGCGUCCACUGCUCAUACGACGAUGUCCCGAGGCUCGCAUCUCCGUUGCCCACAGUCGCUAGCCCCGAUGACGCACCAGGUCUAGGAGUACUGGAGGUCAACGGCCGUGCCAAUGUGUCACAAUCCCCGCCGGUCGGCUCGCUGGUCCAUCUGCAAGCGGGCUCCUCGGGGCAGCCGUUGACAAGCUUCUUCCGAGAGGAUUUCGAGCUCCUCCACCACUACAGUACCGUCACAUACCAGACGAUUCUUGACGACGAGUCUACGGAGCGAGCUUGGCGCGUCAAUGUUCCGCAGGAGGGGGCACGUCAUGACUUCUUGAUGCACGGCAUACUCGCUGUGGCCGCGAUGCAUCUCCGACGGCUGCGUCCCGAAUCUGCGGCCUAUUACAACCAUUUGGCUACACAGCAUUAUUCCGAGAGCUUGAAACUUUAUCGACCUAUCCUUGAUCAAUUGUCCAGGUCUACUGCCACGCCUGUUUUCAUAUUCUCAAGCUUUUUGGUGUGCAUGUCUUUGCAGAUGUUCGAGCAGAACGACCAACAGGAUUUGGAAGCCGUCUUAUCUCUAGACUCCAUCCUUGAUGCAUUCAAAUUGGAGCGUGGUAUUCACGACAUUCUGCGAUUAACGUGGGACUGGCUUCUCGGCACACCUUUUUCUUCCUUGCUCCUCUUCAGCGAGCGCAUGACGGAUUGUUUAAUUACUCUCGACGACAACGAAGCUUUGGACAGAGUAGAAGCAUGCGUCCGAGAAGACCUCACGGCAAAUCCCAUGCUCGGGGAUUAUUUGGACGCGGUAAAACGUUUGCGUGAGGUUUAUGCGUGCAGGAGCACCGCAAUUAGGCACAAGUCCGCCGUUUUUUCGUGGCCCGUGCUUGUUUCUACGGCAUUUUACGACGAGAUGACACAGAAGAAACCCCUGGCCAUUGUACUCCUGGCGUACUUUGGUCUCUUGCUAAACGAAUUACGAAACGUAUGGUGGGUAGGGCGGGCAGGGCGACGGCUCUUGAGAGACUGCGCCGAUCUCCUGAGCGGUAAGCAUCGUGAACUAGUAGGCUGGGCUGAAAGGCGUGUCGACGCCAAUAUGUUACGACCCGUUGGACAUGGUCGCCAACACGACCCCGCCUGGAUCCCGGCGGCUAACGCAGGGCAUAUGUAA